UCACACCACUUUUUUUUUUUCUGGCCAAAACUUUUUUCACUUCACUUCACGAGCUCUCUCUGAACCCAACUCAUAAAUAAAAGCUAGGGUUUCACUUUUACCAUUUUACCAUUACCCUCUUCAAUGAACAACAAAUUUCUACACACUAAAUUGUAAAAAAGAUCACUUUUUUGAAGCUUCCAUGUGAAGCAAUUUGCGUUGAAUGUGAUCCAUUCUCAUACUUUAUGACCCACAUCAAACCCUUGUCUUUAUCUUUGCUCUUUAUUAACUAACUAACUCAAUCAAUUUCAUUUCUUCUUCUUUGGGUACUUCUAACUCGUGUAACUUGUGAAUAUUUUGUGGGUUUUGUUUGAUUUUGUGUACUAACCUAAGAGUAUGGAUGAUAGCAUUGGCAUGUACCCUUUAGUUUCAUGUACUCUAGGAUUUGUAGAAUUUGUUGAAUUUACCACUUGCAUUGAUAUUGAAGGUUUUUUAUAGCAUCUUGAUAUGCAUAAAGAUCGGUGCUUUUUUGUUGGGUCUAUCCGUUUUUUGUUAAUUAGUGUUUAGUUAGUGAUGGAGGAUAUUGGGUUAGUUAAGCAAGGAUGGAAGUGGUUACAAACACAGAAACAUGUGUUUUCGCAAGCAAAAACCGUGGCGUUGUGUUUGCGAGACGAGAUUGGUGUGUUCAUUGAGCGGCAUUGGCCGAUGAUGUGUAAUGGAUUUGUGAGAUUUGGUGGGUUAGUUAGUUUCUUGUUGAUUUGUUGGAAAGACUGUUUUGUAAGGGGAUUUUAUUCGGUUAUCGAAUUGGGUUCGGCAGCUUUGCUUCUUAUUAUGUGGAGUUGCUUUCUUAGUCUCACUUCGAUGUCUUGUCUGCUUUAUGUCCUACUUAGUAUGGGAGCUGCAGGAGCUGCUGUUCAGUAUUUGGGUUACACUCCUGGACUUUUCAUUGUAGGACUCUUUGCAAUUUUAAUUUUAUGGAUGUAUGCUAACUUCUGGAUUACUGGAACAUUGUUUAUAGUUGGAGGUUACUUGUUCUCCCUAAACCAUGCACGCCUCGUGGUCUUAAUGGCGACUAUAUAUGCUAUUUACUGUGUGAAAGUUCGAGUUGGAUGGCAUGGUGUUUUUCUGUCAAUAAACCUUACAUUUUUGUCAAAUGAUGUUGUAAAUUAUUUGCUCCAAUGGUGCGAUAACAUCAACGAAAACUCACACUUUGAAGAGCAGAAGGAACCAGAACCUGUUAUGCCAGAUGAAUUUUCUGCAGAGUCUGAAUACUCAAUACCUGUAGAUGAAUCUGAAAAAGUGCAAUCAUGCAAAUCAUCAAGCGAGAAAGUAGAUACAUCAUCCAUUGUUAAGAAUCAGAAUGAGUCUUCUAGUAGAAAGGUAGUUAAAGAAGAAACAGAUUCGGCUGAUGAGAUGAAAAGGAUAUUAAAUACUCUAGAUCAUUAUGAAGCACUUGGAUUUUCUCGUCAUAAACGAAUAGAUGCCACAGUUCUCAAAAAAGAAUAUCGAAAGAAGGCCAUGCUUGUGCAUCCCGAUAAAAAUAUGGGAAGUCCUUUGGCAAGUGAAUCAUUUAAAAAACUUCAAUGUGCUUAUGAGGUUCUUUCUGAUUCAACAAAGAAGAGGGACUAUGAUGAGCAAUUGAGGAAGGAAGAAUCCAAGACUAAGAGUGUUUGCCAAAAAUCUCAUGCUGGAUCUCCCCAGAGCAAUCAAGAUUAUUUCUCUGAGGAGUCAAGGCGUAUACAAUGCACGAAGUGUGGUAAUUCACAUAUAUGGGUUUGUACAAACAGGAGUAAGGCCAAAGCCAGAUGGUGUCAGGAUUGCUGCCAAUAUCAUCAAGCUAAAGAUGGAGAUGGAUGGGUUGAGUACAAAGGCUCAUUGGUCUUUGAUAGACUGCAAAAGAUGAAGAUAGAAAUACCCCGUGCUUUUGUUUGUGCGGAAAGCAAAAUCUUUGAUGUGUCUGAGUGGGCUAUUUGUCAGGGGAUGGCAUGCAGGCCUAAUACCCAUAGGCCUAGCUUCCAUGUAAACAUGGUUGGUCUAGAGAAGACACAGCGAUCGAAUUCAAGCAGAUUCCCUUGGGAUCUGGAUGCAGAGAUGAUGGACGAGGAUGAAGAAGAAUUCGAGUUGUGGCUUCAGCAAGCGUUGGCUUCUGGGCUCUUUUGUGAGACGUCGUCAGCACGCAGGAAAAGUUGGAGUCCUUUCAAAUUGCAUCAAAAGAAGGGAAAGAAACAAUGGCGGAGAUCUUCAACUUGAACAAAGCAGUAUAGAAAUUUUCACAGCCCGUCUCAGGGAACUGCGGUCAGGAGCAUGACACUUGCUUUUUCAUAAAAUAUCUUCUGAUGAUCCCACCCAAAAAGAGGUUUAGGGAGGAGCUUGGCAAUUUCCAGCUUCAUCAGCAACCAACAGACUGCAACAAAAGGUAAAAAAAAAACGCUGUUAUGCAUUGGUUUCCCAUGCUUUGUACAUACACUAAUUUUAAAACAAAAAAUCAAUUCAAAAGCACUGUUUGUUUUCUGUUCAAUAAAUUCUUUAUUAGGUUUGCCCAAAUUUUAUGCUACGUAUACAUACCCUUCUCCGUGUAUGCUAGGAAGGCUCUGAUGUCUGUAUUAGAUACAUUUCCGAUGCCUUUCCCUAUGGGUUUGCAAAAUUUGAGCCAAACCGGCUAUUUAAUGUAAUAGAAAAUUUAGUUUGGUUUGGUUUG